UUCCCCCAACAUCUCUUCCUCUUCUCAAGAUACCCUGCAUUUCACACGUUGCAAAUAUGUCUCUCGGAAGAAAGGUCACCCUCAACACCGGCGCCACCAUCCCUCAAUUGGGUUUUGGCACAUGGCAGGCUGAGCCCGGCCAGGUCGGUGCCGCCGUCCUCGAGGCCCUCAAGGCUGGCUACCGUCACCUGGAUCUUGCCAAGGUCUACGGCAACCAGAAGGAAAUCGCAGAGGCUCUCAAGAAGGCUUUUGGCGGCGAGGUGCCUGGCCUCAAGCGCGAGGAUGUCUUCAUCACAUCCAAGCUCUGGAACUCGCAGCACCGCCCUCAGGAUGUGCCAGCGGCUCUCGACGACUGCCUGGCUGAGCUCGGCCUCGACUACCUGGACCUCUACCUUGUCCACUUCCCCGUUGCCUUUGACGAGCGCGGCGAUGUUCACAACAACCUCUUCCCCAUGGAGGGCGAGGAUGUCAAGAUGCUCGACGACAUCUCCAUUGUCGACACAUGGAAGGCCAUGACAGAGCUGCCUAAGGAAAAGGCCCGCGCAGUUGGUGUUUCCAACCACACCAAGGAGCACCUCGAGGCCAUCAUCAACGGCACUGGUGUCACACCUGCUGCUAACCAGAUUGAGCGCCACCCACGCCUCCUCCAGCCAGAGCUGAUUGAGUACUGCAAGGAGAAGAACAUUCACGUUACCGAAUACUCUGCUUUCGGCAACAACAUGCUCGGCCUUCCCCUCCUCGUUCAGCACGACACCAUCAAGGAGAUUGCGAGCCGCGUCGGCGCUACCCCCGCACAAGUCAUCCUUGCCUGGGCCCAGGUGGGCGGCCACUCUGUCAUCCCCAAGUCGGUCACAGCAUCGCGCAUUCAGGAAAACUUCAAGGAGAUUGAGCUCUCGGAGAGCGACUUCCAGAAGGUGGAGGAGAUUGGCAAGAAGGAGCCUCGGCGAUUCAACAUUCCUUACAUUGCCAACAAGCCCAGGUGGCCUGUCAACAUCUUCAACGAGCCUGAGGAGCAGGAGGCUCCCCACAAGGUUAUUGUGUAGAGUUGAGAUGGGCAGACUUUGGUGGUGCAAGGCUUGGUCACCUGAAUAGAAAUUAUACCCUGAUCAACUGUGGUCUUCUGAUUGCAUGUGACGUCAUUGGCCAAAUCAGAUAUGUCGUGUACACUUUUCAAUCCAAG